UUGUGCAUGCUAAUCUGUAACGGUAACAGACCGGGCAGAAAGCAAAAGGCUCUCCCGGAACUCUGCAGCCUCAUCGGCUCUCAUUAUUUCAACAUCGGGGUUCGGUCCAACAUGGCGGCUUACGGAUGGAAAUACUGAUGACAGUCCGAAAGAUCGCCUCGAUUUGUACGAUGGGCGCCAAUGCCUCUGCCUUGGAAAAGGAGAUUGGACCGGAACAGUUUCCCGUUAAUGAACACUACUUUGGAUUGGUCAACUUUGGCAACACCUGCUACUGUAACUCGGUGCUGCAGGCUCUGUACUUCUGUCGACCGUUCAGGGAGAAGGUGUUGGCGUACAAGGUGCAGCCGCGUCGUAAGGAGUCCCUCCUCACCUGCCUGUCUGACCUGUUCAACAGUAUCGCCACGCAGAAGAAGAAAGUCGGCGUCAUCCCGCCCAAGAAAUUCAUCUCACGACUGAGAAAAGAAAAUGAGCUGUUUGACAACUACAUGCAGCAGGACGCCCACGAAUUCCUCAACUACCUCCUCAACACCAUCGCAGACCUGCUCCAGGAGGAGAAGAGCCAGGAGAGACAGCAGAAUGGAAAACUGGUGCAGAAUGGAGGAGGAGGAGGGACCGGAGGAGGAAGUGAGGGAGGAGAAGGGGAAGGAGGAAAGGAGACACAGCAGACUUGGGUCCACGAGAUCUUCCAAGGAACUCUGACCAACGAGACACGCUGCCUCAACUGUGAAGCUGUGAGCAGUAAAGACGAGGACUUCCUGGAUCUGUCGGUGGAUGUGGAGCAGAACACCUCCAUCACACACUGUCUCAGAGGCUUCAGCAACACGGAGACGUUAUGUAGUGAAUACAAAUACUACUGUGAACAGUGUCGCAGCAAACAGGAAGCCCAGAAAAGGAUGAGGGUAAAGAAGCUCCCGAUGAUCCUCGCCCUCCACCUGAAGCGCUUUAAAUACAUGGACCAGCUGCACCGCUACACCAAACUGUCCUACCGCGUCGUCUUCCCCCUGGAGCUCCGCCUCUUUAACACGUCCGGGGACGCCACCAACCCCGACCGCAUGUACGACCUGGUGGCUGUCGUCGUGCACUGUGGCAGUGGUCCGAACCGCGGACACUACAUCACCAUCGUCAAGAGCCACGGCUUCUGGCUGCUGUUUGAUGACGACAUCGUAGAGAAAAUCGACGCGCAGGCGAUCGAGGAGUUCUACGGUCUGACAUCGGACAUUUCCAAGAACUCUGAGUCAGGAUACAUCCUGUUCUACCAGUCCAGAGACUGAACCAGCCCUGCGCUAAAUCCCCAACAGACUGUCACUCAACAGAGGGGGAGGUGCUUACGGCUGCCACCGGCUCCGCCCAGUACGCUCACAUAAGUAUCCAGGCUUUAUCUCCUGCAGGCGGAGCUUUGCACUGGAUCGCCACUCGGACCGGUUGAGACGUGCAGGUCGCGUGCCAGCCUCCUGGAUUACCACCGAUCAAAUCCUCUGACCCCCACACUGCAAAAAAAAAAAAGCACCUUAAAAAAAAAAAAAUCAAGAUGACUGAAUCUGAAACUCUGGCUUUGCACUGGGGCAUCAGCCGGGGAGAGCGAGUAA